AUGUUCAAAUACCCUCCCGAGCCUCCAUCCCGCGUCCCCGAUGGUGACGCCGCCAUACGAUCCACCGAUAACGACGCUGCCCUCGCGCGUCUCUCCGCCGUACAGAAGCAGUACCUCGCCGAUCCCUACAUCCGCUUCUUCGUUCCCCGCGCGCACCUACAACCUCCUCGGCCGCCUCUCAUCAAUGUCGGGACCUACCUGCGCGGUGUUGCGAUAGACUCGCUUGUUGACUCUUUCCUGGCGAUCAACGCCGUGGAGAAUCCGGGCAAGCAAGUACAGAUCGUGAGCCUCGGUGCGGGGAGCGAUACGAGGUUCUGGCGGAUUGCGGCAGGUGAACAGAAGGAGCACAUCGCGUCGUACAUUGAGGUCGAUCUGCCGGAGAACACAACCAAGAAAGCCAUGGCGAUCAAGAAGAGCAAAGAGCUCUUUGCGCUGGUGGGCGAGGCGAAGCUCAUCAACGGCGGCAUGGGCCUUCACUCUGCCAAGUACCACCUCCUCCCCGCCGACCUGCGCCACCCACCCGACCAAGCCUUCGCCGCCCUUACACCUGACAUUCUCUCUCCCUCCCUUCCUACUCUCCUCCUCUUCGAAUGCGUUCUGGUGUACAUGACCCCCGCCGCGUCCGCUGCGCUCAUCCAGUGGUUUGUUGACCGGAUCAGCGCGCCGCUCGGAGGCAUAGUGUACGAGAUGUUCGGGCUGAACGACUCGUUUGGAAUGGUUAUGGUGAAUAAUCUGAGGGUCCGCAACGUCUCCCUCCCCGGGGCGGAACCAUACCCCACAUUCGCGUCCCUCCCAUCGCGCUUCACCCAGCAUGGCUUCCAGCACGCGCAAGCCCUGACCCUUAAGGACAUUCGCCAGCAGUAUAUCGAGGACGAGGAGCUCGAGAGAAUAUCCCACCUCGAAAUGCUCGACGAGAUCGAGGAGCUUGAGCUCGUGUUGGCGCACUACGCGAUUACUUGGGGCGUGCGUACGCCGGGGCCGCCAUCGCCAGCCUGGGCCGCAUGGGGAUUGAAGAAACGGAGUCAGGAAGAUGAUGAGGAGUAGAGGCUUCAGUGAAAUGUGAUCUUUCCUGUGGAAUUGGCAGUCUGGAGCCAUAGCUUGCAGCUGAGCGCUGAGUGUCCACGCCGAAGUGGCCGUAUACGAGCUCGUCUACGUCCGUGCCACAAAUGUACUAUCAUCACCCUACACCGUAUAAAUCGCCAAUAUACUCAUCCUGAACAACCACGCGUGGUCCGAGCUACUGAAAUCCGCCUCUCCAAACGCGCGCACCUUCCAUGGGUUCCAUUUCACCAGUAUCGCGUACGGGGAGUCGCGCGUUUGCGGCGGCAUUCCAUGGAGCUCAGUCCCUUCACCUGUCGGUGUGACCUCCGCCUCCGUGGGCAGUUCCGCCUCCCUAAUCACUGGGGCCAGCGCAGUCCUUAUAACCGUCGGACUGAGCACGCCCUCCGCAAAGAUCG